AUGUUGCUAAAACCCACUGGACUUUCUGCAAGAAGUGUGGCAAGCACCAAAGUGACACAGUACGAGAAAGGCAAAGAUUUUCUUUAUGCCGAGGGAAAGAGGCGUUAUGACAGGAAGCAGAGUGGCUAUGGAGGGCAAACUAAGCCUACUUUCCAGAAAAAGGCUAAAACUACAAAGAAGAUUAUGCUGAGGCUUGAAUGUGUUGAGCCCAACUACAGAUCUAAGAGAAUGCUGGCUAUUAAGUGAUGCAAGCAUUUUGAGCUGGAAGGAGAUAAGAAGAGAAAGGGCCAAGUGAUCCAGUUCUAAGCUUCAUAUUUGUUACAUUUUGAAGACAAUAAAAUAUUGAGGUUAUGUUCAUUUCAAAAAAA